AGCACUUUACCCAAUAAGCGGAACUCAUCAGCGAUGGGAAGUGUGUGGCAGAGGUGUGUGAGGAGUGUCCGGUGAUAAACUGGACGUCAAUUAGUGGAGAACUUUCACCGGUGAGCAGCUGCACGCAGCACAAGAUUUGCCUGCUCAGGAGACUUAAAAAAAAAAAAAGAUGGAGUGGCGCCAGCAGACCAGUGUCAGCUGUGCAGACGCAUUCACCGAGGCUCAACGCUGGAUUGAGGAAGUGACUGGAAAAUCUUUUGGUUGCAACGACUUCCGUGCUGCAUUAGAGAAUGGGGUCCUGCUUUGCGACUUGAUCAACCAGUUGAAACCUGGCAUUAUUAAGAGAGUAAACAGGCUUUCUACUCCCAUCGCUGGCCUGGAUAACGUGAAUGUAUUCCUCAAAGCCUGUGGGAAGCUGGGACUGAAUGUAUCGCAGCUGUUUCAUCCAGGAGACCUGCAGGACCUGUCCACUCGUGCAACACUCAGGCGAGAUGAGAGCAAGAGAAGACUGAAAAAUGUUCUGAUCACAAUCUACUGGUUGGGUCGCAAGGCUCAUAUUGACGCCUUCUACAGCGGGCCCCAGCUUAACUUCAAGGCCUUUGAAGGGCUGUUAGGGUUAGCCUUGUCCAAGGCUCUAGAUGAGGGCAGCAAUGUGUAUACGAAAGACGGCGGGUACAGAGAGUGCUGGGACUCGGAGAGGGAGGAAUGUCUGCGCAUGAGACCCAGCUAUAAGAUCGAGAACUCCAUGGACCGUAUCGACACUCUGGACUCCCGAGCCAUCCACCCAAACAGUGAAGGUUGUGGAAGUGACGCGGAAGCUGAGCAGGUGUUCAAGAUGGAGACGGCACAGACCACCACCCAGCAAAGCAAAGGUCAUAUCCCACAACCCUUCCUACGGAGAAAACAAGGACUGGAGCAGAAUUUCGCUAGUCCACUCUCCAGAGCAUAUCAAAUCCAGGUCAGACCUGAGAGACCAGUUCAGGUCAACCCUGGUUGGAUUUGGAGCAAAUCACUCAGCGACAUCCCGAUGGUAUACCCGGUGCGAAAAGUUCCUGGAGGGAACAUCAUUUAUGAUGUGGGGCAGGAGGCUGACAUGACACUGGAGUGGAAUCAAGAAAACAAACGCAAGUGUAGCGUUGCCGCCAAGGACAGUGAAGCUCAGUGGCAGGAUGACUUGACAAAGUGGAAGAACCGUCGCAGGAGCACCAAGUCUGACCUCCGCAGGAAGUCGCAAGACAGAGAUCAUGUCAUUAACCAGAUGACAAAUGGCUCUCUGGCUAACUUUGGGAAGAAUGAAGCAGGCGGACCGCUAAAGAGAGACCAGCAGUCCCCGCGCAGACACAACCCUGCCCCCCGUCCUUACUCCACCUCCCCUCCAUCAAAAGCAUCGAGUUCUGAUCUCCGACCGCGCACUCGAGCUCUGCUGGCCCGCAGCUACGCCACUGAGGCACCUUAUAGCCCCACGGCUCCACUUAGCCCCCAUAAGUCAGACCACACUCAGGGUUCAUCGGUCGGAGCCAUGCCUGCCUCUGAUGGAAACCUCUUGGGAGAAGAGGCACACUUUGCCUCCCUGGCUUUAAAUGGAACAGGAGUUACCACACCUUCACCGGACUUCCCCUUCAGCUCCCAUACUCAAGUCAAAACCCAGGGCAUACCGGCUCCUUUCCAGUCCACAUCUGAACUUGCCCGGCCAGAAAAUGUUUUUACAAACCAAAUCUCCACCCUGACCACAACCAUACAGCCAAAUGAAACCACAAAGUCAACCAGCACCAGGGAUCCUACUGCAACUAUGUCCAGCUGCAAAGAACUUCCAUACUGCGCUGAUCCAAAAGGUCCAACUUUUUGCCCUGAUGCAGUUCAUCAGGCAGGAGUUGAUGCUCUGGAUGACCCCAAAUCCCAUGAAGAAAACCAGAAGACAUCUUGGGAACCAGCUGUGGAGCCAGGCAGAGACCAGCAGACUUCAGGCGUCUACAAGUACUUAUACAGAACUGGAUCGUGGUCCGGCUCAGCCAGCCUUCCUCGUGGUUACCGGAGGUCUGAGGGCUCAUCCCGUCUCUCUUCUGCAAUCACAGCCAGACCCUUUGGAUCCAAGCAGUCCAGGGUGUCCUCACUGCCAAGACUGUGCAAUGUAGACAACAACCAGGGCCUGCUGUUGAAAAGCGAGAAAGAGGAAUCUCUUUCUCCACCCAUCGAAUCUUCUCUCAAAAGACAGACAGCGUCCACCCAUCUGAAGGGUCAGCACCAGCCUUUAAUCACACACAGGAAAGGUUUCCAGGCGAAGCAGCAUGGGGCCGAACAAAGGGAGGAGGUGAAAGGUGUCACUCUUUCCAGCCAGUCGAAUGGCUAUCACCACCAGCCCUACAGCCAAACCCAGCUGCAACCUUAUUCAAACCCACAGGCCCAACACAACCAAAGGUCGACCUUCUCAACUAAUGCCAGCAUUGACCACACAAAGGUGGAUCACAGUGACAUGAGAGUGAGCCUUACUCUUAAACCCAACAGCAGACCAGACUUUGGUUUCCAGACUCAUUGGGACUCCACAGGGGCGAGAGUCAAAUCCAUUCAGCCCGGCAGUCCGGCGGAGCUUUGCCAGCUGUGUGUGGACGAUGAGAUCGUGGCUGUUAAUGGAGUUGCGGUGGCACACAUGAACUACACCCAGUGGAAGGAUAAAAUGACAUCUUCCCUGCAAACCGGCGGUCUGACUAUGGACAUCCGGCGCUAUGGCAACAAGGAUUGGAGCACCAGUGAGGGCAGUCAUCACAACCAGCCAGGCCAGAGCAGGAUGACCCUCAAUCUGACUUCUGCAGCGCCCGUUCUGAUAGGUUGCCCUGAUCACCAUGCCAACGGUGGCGCCUCUACAGAAACCGCAGUCAGGAAAGUGUCCAAUUUCAAUGGGCAGACGGACAAUGUUGUACAAGGUAAAGUCAUGCACGGAGAGCUUGCUGACACCCACAGGACAGCCAGAAGUAAAGGAGGUUCAGAAUCUGCAAUAUCUGAUCUCCAGGUGCCAUCCCUCAGCCCCUCCUCAUCCAGCUGGUCGUGGGACCGGGAGGAGGACAGAAGGCGUCAGGAGAAGUGGCAGGAAGAACAGGAGCGCCUCCUACAGGAGAAAUACCAGCGGGAUCAGGAGAGGCUGGAGGCGGAGUGGCGGAAGGCUCAACAAGAUGCACUGGGGGAGUGCAGGAAGUCUGAGCAGAACACCUUUGAGAUGACCAAUGGUGGUGAGAGGCCUGCCAGCACGCCGCUCCAUGUCAAUGGACUGGCCAAUAAAACCAGAGAAGAAAAGCAGAGCCCUGACAGAUAUGAGCUGAAAGAAUCAGAAUCAGGAUCAAAACCUCAAAGUAAUGCGCAGGGUGUGCAGAAUGACAAGACCGCUGAACGAGCCUGGGCUGAGGACUCCUGUGGCUUCGCUCAGCUGUCUCCUGCACACAGGGCAAAGUCCUUGUCUACCCCAGCAUUAGCUGGCCACCACAAACAGAUAAGAGGUGAUGAGAGGAAAAGAAAAGGACAGUCUCUGUCCAAGAUUGAGAAAGAAAGGCAGCAGAUUUUGGAGGAGAUGAAGAAAAGGACUCAGCUCCUGACUGACAACAGCUGGAUUCGUCAGCGCAGCAGCAGCUUUUACAAGGAACCCAUCUAUGUUGGAGCUCCUCUGAAGAGAUUUGAUUCUCUGGACAACCUGGACACUUUGCAUCCGGCCCCGCUCACAACCGCUCCUUUCAAUUACCCUCGUCCACACUCAGCUGCUGCAGGUUACUGUGCUCCGAGCAGGAACUCCUCCUCUCGCUACAGCACUGGAGCAAUUGUAUCCCAGAGAAACGCAUCCAUGGACCCCUCUAAUCUCGGCAGGAUGGUCAGUGGCAGGAGGAUUUGCUGUGUGUGUGAGCGUGCCCUGGGUAGUGGGGCAGCCAUGGUCAUAGAGGCCCUUAGUCUCUGCCUCCACCUCGCCUGUUUCCAGUGUGUGGGCUGCCACCGACAUCUCGGAGGAACUGAAACCGGAGUCCAGGUUCGAAUCCGAAAUAGGAAGCCAUACUGUGAGCCCUGCUAUUUCCAACUCAAGUCCUUUGGUGCCCCCUCCAUGUGACCAAGACACCGUACUCCAUAUUGUAGAGUAAGCAGUCGAUUCACUGAGAAUUCCUGUUGGAUAAAACACAGUGGAAACGUCGUCCACACAGCCAAGCCAUGACUUUUGUGUCUGUCAGUAAUUGCUGGUAAAACUCUAUGAUGUAAAAUCAAAGUAGAUUCUUUUUGGCUGUUUUUUUUUGUUUGUUUUUUUAAUCAAAUAUGGUUAAUAUGGUACUUAGUUUGUCUUUCCUUUUUCCUGAUCAUUUGUUCCAGAGAAAAUUUAGAUUUAAUAUAUGAAAUAAAGAUGAAUAGUGUUUGAUUCAAUGGUUUUAUUGAAUAUUAGCAUUGCUCUUUGUCAUGUCUUUGUGUUAUAUUUGCUCUAGUUAAAAGCACAUUAAAGCUAUCAGACAUUUCUUGUUAAUGUAACCUGCGUUUGGAGGCACAUUUGAACUUGUUCUGAGACACUUUGUGUUUCUCUUUUCACAUUCUGUUUCUGUUGGAAUCUCACCAGGUGUACUAUGGGAUAAAUCAGUGAAAACGUGAAAACUCUUAACUAAAAUGCUAUUUUGUAAAUAAUAAAGUGUACUGAUUAUUCA